UGUGUGUGUGUGUGUGUGUGAGAGAGAGAGAGAGAGAGAGAGAGAGAGAGGAAUAUGGUUGUAGCGUUGGAUUUGCAGGAUUUUCUUCUCCGAGCUAGGGUUUUGAAGCUCUACAGACAUGCUCUCAGGAUUUCGCGGAGAGCUCCUCCUGAUUCUAAAGAUGAAGUGAGACAGAUUAUCAGACAAGAGGUGGGAAACAACAGGACUUGCAAAGACAAACAGAGGAUUCGGUUUUUGAUCAGCGACGGACAGGAGAGGCUGAAGCGUUUAGACGAGACCCUCGAUAUGCAAGGACGAUAGUAUCAAAGAUUCGUGUUUGUAAUUUGCUUCACUUUUUGUAGUGUACAAGAUGUUAUUUAUACAAUGACACAACAUUAUUCAUUGAAAUUACAAUCUAUUGGAGUUCAAAAGCAAA